GGCGUCCUUAGUGUCACACAUGGCGGGUUACUGUCAAAAAGUGAAAGGGAUCUAAUAAACACUUUCUCUCUCUUAGGUUUAAACCGUUUCGUUCAUAGUUAAAAUGGAAUAUUUCUGACAAAAUGUCAGUUCUUCAGUACCUGGCAGUGUUUUCAAGUGGAUAAAAUGAGUAGAAAAGAGGUGUACUUGAACUGGGUGAACUCAGUGUUGAGUGAUGUAGGAGGUACACCAUGUAGUGGAGUGAGCGUUAUUCAGGAAGGACGUAUUGUUUGUCAGCUCAUCGACAAACUGUGUCCUAAUGCUGUCUUACAACAAAAUGUGCGGAAAUCAGGGAACAUAACACCUCAAAGGUACCUGCGAGCUGCGCUAGACCACAUGCGAAGUCAUGGCGUAAAGUUCCAUUUUACACCUCAAGACUGGAUGAAAUGGCAGAAGAAUGUAUUGGAUGGGGAUAUAAAGUCAAUCCUUGAUGUUCUAUGGCUCAUCAUAUUAAAUUAUUCAGUACAUUCUAUUAGUAGCAGUCCUUACCAGAGGAGUGUUGGGAUUGGCAAGAAAUUGUUGCUGGACUGGUGUCAACGGGAGCUCCAGGUUGAGUUUGAUCCCCAAAACUCACUAACAUACAAUUUAUGCACUGGAGAUUGGUUUUUGAAAUUGUUGGCUAAAAAUUCAGACAAACAGCUAAAUGAAGAUAUAGAGAGGGAAGAAAAUUUGAAGGCACAACUUUUAGCUGUAGAAUAUAAAUAUGGAAUAAAACAUACACUUAUUAAUCCAACAGAUAUAACAGAAGGCACUGUUGAUGAGCACACUUUGAUGAUCUAUAUUUCUCUUCUUAGAUUAAAGAUUGGAGAUUCUGUAGAUGUGCCUUUGAAGUCCCCCAGAGAAUUAUCAUUUCAGCCUGUAGAGAAGUGUAAUUUAGAGGAGAGUGUAUCUAGUACUAAAUCUCAAGAAAUACCAGCCAUAGUGUUAUCAACUGCCAAAUCACCUAGUCCUGAGACUGAUCUAGAACCAGCCCAGAUAUUCUCCACACCCCCUCAGUCAGUAUCACCAGAUUCCUCCCCUACGCAAUCACCACCACGGAAACGGUCGCCAGAGGGAUCAGAGACUUCUGAUUGGAUGUCCCAGUCAUCUGGUUCACCGAUGUCAUCACUUCAUGAAAAAAUAUAUGGACAAAAAUCUCCAGAAUUACCCCCAGAAGCAGAAACUGUGAUAAAACAAACAAUAAGUGAGCAUGUUGAGGGGCAUAUAUCACCUCUAGAAGACGGCAUGCAAAGAGACAAUAGUAAUGGUAAACAUGGUAGUAGAAUUCCUGUAAGAGUAAAAGAUGGUGAGGAAUCUCAUAGAUCUAUAAGCAGUCCUGGUAGAUUAGAAGGUGAUAAAGAUAAAACUGUUUCUAGAAAAAUUAGUAUUAAAGUUCAAAGACCUAGAAGUCCUAACAGUAUAAUGGCUGAGGCUAGGGCUAGACAAGAGCAGGAGAAGGAGAGAAAAAGGCGGGAAAAAGAGGAAUUAGAGAGACAGAAAAGAGAAGAUAAAGAUGAACCUGUAAUGACAGGUAGUGCAAGUGAAGCUGACAUUUCUGAAACUGGACCUAGAAUUAAAUAUCAUACUGAUAUUGAUCCAGUAAAAUCUGAUGAUGAUGACAUAGUAAAAGAUAGACCUAAAGCUACUAGUGUUAGUGUUAAUUUACCUAAUUCAAUGCAGAUGAAUGGAGAAAUUCAUGAUGGAGUGCCAGUUUUUGUGAUGCCAGGAAAAAAACAUGAUAUGGAAUUAUUAUUAGAAGCAUUAAGGCAUGCUAGAACUGAAGCUAAUAUGCAAGAUCAAUUAAUUCAAAACCCUCCAUCUGAUCAGCCAGAUUUUCAAAAUGUAGUGGAUAAAAAUAUUGAACAAUUAGAAGCACAAUUAGCUGCAGUGAAAGCCCAGUCUAAAGAAUUAUUUGAGGAUCGUAAUAGAAAACAAGAAAUGGAGAGAGGAAGAAUGUUGGCCAGAGAGCCACACAGGAACAGAAGGAGUGAAGGACACAGCCGGCCUAGAGGAAUUCUUGAUGUCAUGGUCAAUCAGAAUAUACAACCCCAGGAGACUUCCCCAAAAGAGAGGAUGGAUGAUGAAGUUAGAAGCAGUACACCACAGGGUAUACUACGAAAUAGAGGCAGAUCUCCCACAGAUCAUAUUGGAAGGUUUUCUGAAGGCGGAAGGUCAAGAGGCAAUUCCUAUAGUCCAGACAAGCACAGAUCAUCACCAUAUCAGAAUGGAACUGAUGGGGAUGAUGCCGAUAAAAGGUUGAUUAAAUUUUUAACCAAUGAAAUUGAAAAUAUGAAGUUAAAGAUGUCUGUCCUGGAACAGAAAAACCAACAAAGAUCUCAAAGUCCUUAUGGAAUGGGUCCCAGGAUUACCAGUGGCUUGCCAGAAAGGGACAAAAGUCCAGCUCAAAUCAGUUCAAGAGCCAGAGCUAGAUUUUCUGAUUCUGAUGGCAAUUUUGGAAGUUAUUCUCCUGCAAGAAGGGUAAGGUCUUCUGAUAUGAUUGAAGAAUUAAGGUCAAGGUCACCCAGAUAUGAUAGUCCAGGAAGGUCACCAAGAUAUGAUAGCCCAGGAAGAUCAACUUCUAGGUCACCUGCUCGCUCUCCAAGCCAUUCCCCAGCACGAUCACCUGUCAAUAUGUACAGAUCUCGUACACCAGAGAGACUGUCAUCAAGGGAGAGAAUUCGCCCAAUCUCACCAUCUGCUAGAGUUUUAAGUUUACAAGAUUUGUCUACCUCUAUAAAUGAUGAUCUUGAUGGGAACUUAACAUUCUCUCCAGCAAGUGGUUCAAAACCUGUCAGUUUAGGAUAUAGUAGCCCUAUUAGGAAAGUAAAUGAUGAAAUCUGGGGCUAUGGCCAGACAGAGGAUGAAUAUUAUGCUGACACUGCCAAAUACGAGGGAUGGAAGCAAUUAAUUUCACGUGAAGCUGUUACAGACGAAGACAAUUUAGAACUUAAACAAGCACUUGCUUCUUCAUUAGUAGAACUAAAUAUAUUACAAGCAAAAUUAAAAAAUGCCAAUUCUGAUAUAAAGGAAAAGAUGGGUAAAACUACAGAGGUGUUGAAUGAUUGUCGUGCACAGAUUUCAAAAUCACAGGCAGAGAAUGCUGAGCUCCGUUCUCAGUUAGAUCGUGAGAAGCAGAAUCGUGAGGCACAGGAAGCACGACUGAAAGACAUGGAACAGAGCCUGCGCAGUGCCAAAACUAACCAGGAUGAUAAAACCCUAGAACUAGAGGAAUCUGUUGUAACACUUAAAGGCAUUGUGAAUUUAGACAAGAACCAGAUGAGCCAACUUGAAGAAGAAAAUGACAAGCUGAGAAAGAAAAUUUCUGAGUUCCAGAGAGAAAACAUCAAAUUGAAGGAGAUAUCUUCAUGCUGUAUUCAGGAUUUCAAUGAGUUGAAGAUAUACAAUGACAAAGCUCAGCAGACUAUAAAAGAUCUGAAAUCAUGUUUAGAAGAUGCUAGAACAGAGAGAAACGAGAUGAUGGCUGAGAUAAAGAAAAUGAAAGAUCAAAGCAAAAACAACAAUAUCUCUUCUAUCAUUAACAACUACUCAGAGAAAGGCCUAUACGAGGAUGCAGAAAAAGAUCAUUUAGCUGAAAGAGACAGGUCAAGGUCACCAAAUAGAUUUUUUCAGCCAAGAAGUGUAUCACCUGUUUUCUCAAGACCAAUAACACCCGUAAGGUCUUCAAGUCCAGUGAGGAUGACAGACCAUAGCUACACAACUUACAACCCAGGAUCAAGGUCACAAACACCAACUCCUUGUUCAUUCAGCUAUGAAGAUCUGUCACCAGAUGGCCAUGAGAUUUAUCCUCACAGGAGAACAAGGUCAUAUGUGCAGAAAUUCGGGGCACAGGAUACAUCUUCAUCUCAGGUUGAUCUGAAUGAUCCAGAAAUAGCAGAAUUGUUGAAACCUAAAACAAGGCUGACCUAUGACCUUGAUGAUAACCAAGGGGAUGGUCCUCAAGCCAAACGUAAAUUAUUGUAUAGUCCAUAUAUGGAUAAAGACUUUGUUCCUCGAAGUAAUCAAAAUGGUUACACAGAAAAAGAAAGUAUUUAUGAACAGGAGAGCUUAUCUUUACAGAAAGAUACUAGUCAUAGGAAAUCUGAAGUGGAAGAAGAAUGGGAAAGUAAGAAAUUUAUUGAUGCUUUAGAUCAUGCAGUAAAACAGACACCUGCUCAAUUAGCACAACAGCGCUUCCUUCAAGAACUCUCCUCUACUGGAGAUGAGAGUGAUAGGUGGAGAAGUCCAUCCAAAGGUAUACUGAAAAACACAAAGAGUGCACAGAAUAUGUCCAUAAAAGAAAACAUCUCUCCAAGCAGACGAUCCUUUGAGUCAAGGUCAUAUUCACCAUCAGUACGGUCACCUCUAACUUACUCUCCAGGAAAACCAUCCACAAGGUCAUAUACACCGGAACCUUCUAGAAGGUCAUAUAAUUCUCCAACAAGGUCAUACACUAAUGACAAUUCCCAGAAUAGGUCAUAUUCUCCUAACAACAGAAAUAGGUCACUAUCACCAAGGAGUGUAGGUCAAAGAUCAUAUUCACCUGGAAACAGAUCAUCUUCCCCUGGAUAUAGAAGCAGUACAACAAAAGACAGUGGAUACAGUACACCAACUCAGCCAUUGAGAUAUAGGUCUUCAGUUGCCAAUGACAACAGAGAUUAUAAUCGACCUAGGACACCAACGUCUACUAGGUCACAUGCUGAAAAGAAAAGUGGUUUAUUAUCUGACGAGGAAAGACGGUAUGCUGAUCUAUUGAUCGACAAAUAUACCAGUGAUGAUGUUAUCAAUGUACAGCAGUGUUAUACAGAAAGCCUUCAACUCAAACCAACUCACCUCUGGUGCUGACCUUGACCUUUAGGGGUAACCAUAGCAACCAACUUUACAGGCAGCAAUAUACCAUUCCAGCCAUUACUUGUGUUUUCUUAUUUUUUCAAAGAGAAUGGGAAUGAUUCUAUGAACAACAUGGAUUGUAUGUGUAGAGAACAGCUGUGAAAUACAGUAACUGUACAGUACAAAAAAAUUGGUAUAAUAUUUUAUUAAGUUAUGUUUUAUCUUUGAUAUUGAUAAAAUUGCUUGAAUGUUUAGGUGAUAUAUCUUGAGUGAUAACUUAUCAAAUUCCGUCCAGUUCUUCAUUUUAUAAUGUGCUCUUUUUAAAUUUUAUUGUAUAUCUAUUUUUUUUGUCUGUAGGCUAUAUAUUUGUUUACAUAUAAUGUUGGUAUAUUAUAAAUUGAAAUUUUGAAGAGCUGUUAUAUAUUUACAGUGAUUAAACUAUAUAACCUCAUGCCAAGACCAUUUUAUAAUAAUUCUGUAUAGAUUAAAGGAACAGUUCCAGUUUCCUUCUAAGUUCACAAUUAUGCUGGGAAAAAAGCUAAUUUAACAAGUUUAUUUUACAAGUUUCAACAUUUGGCUCAUGUUUCAAACCUACUUUAACUGAGUGGCCGUUUGGCGGAGAAGUUAACGUGUUGGACUAAAAAUUUAAGGAUCGUUGGUCCAAUGGGUUCAAACCUGUCAGGGGCAAGCUGUUGUUUCUGUGAGCAAGAAACUUUACACUCAUUGCUUAGUACUGGUUGGUUCCAGGAACAUAUUUGAGAGUGUUUCAAUAAGCUUAUAGCUUCUACCACAAUCAAACUAAAAUAAAUUAGUUUAAACCAACUAAACAUAUUUUAACUGAUAUGAAGCCUUGAUUUAAUAAGUUCUAGAUUGAAGUGUUAUAUGAUUUGAAGUUAGAAAUAUUUGUUUAUGAUGACUAUAAGUGAUGAUUGACAGAUAUUGUUAUACAUGAAGGACAGGAAUGAGGUCAUACAUCUUGUAGUUUUUGAUCUGACUUGACAGAUAACAUUGUUGUUUGAUGUUAAAGGUAAUUGACAGCUUAUUUAUGGCUUUAUCAAACACCUGUUCUCCUUUUGUGUUUUUUAAGACUGCAAAUAUAUAUUUCUUACAUUUUGAUUAUUUGAAGCAGAUUUUCUAAUGGGGUUUAAUAGUUACAUUUGCUUGAUUAGAUUUUAGAAAAAGGAAACAUUCUAUAUUUUAGAAAAAGGAAACAUUCUAUAUAUGCAUAGAUUUGUCUUAUUCACACAUUGACAUUUAAUAUUCAAUAUUAAUUUGUUGAAUGAUAUAGAAGUUUAAAAUCAUUGAUUUAUAUGCUUUUGGUUCUGAAAGUAUUUGGGCUAUUUUUUUACAUGGAAUCAGUGCCAAAGCAGUUGACAUUUUUUCACCUAAAAGUAAUUUAUUCCAUGUUUUUUAUUUAUUUGAUUUAGAAAUUUUUACUUUAUCUAUUUAUUUUUAGUAGAUUAUUUAAGAUUUUAGAAUUAGAAUUUGAGAUUUUUAGAGUUUUUAUUUAUAAAUUGUAGAAAUUUGUUACUUGUUGUUGUUGUUUUUCCCCGUCCACAAAAAGCACAUGUGAUCCUCUAUUACUUCACAUUAAUGUCUGUGAUAUCUUGUAUGAAAUUUUUAGUGUUUUUUUUUUUUCAUAAUGUUAUAUAAUAUUGGUGUAAUUUGUUGUUGCUGACAAUUUUAUAAAUCUAAUGAGGAAAAAAAACAAGCAUACAAAAUUACAGUUUACUGCAUGCUUAAGUAGAUCAAUGUUAUUCAUGUAUAUUCUCGUACAUUUUUAUCAAGUUUCCCCAAGUCUUCUUUAUUGCAAUUAAAUUAAUGGGGUUAUAGGUAACAUGAUAAUUUUACAUCACUAAAUUAGUGAAAAAGUAAGAAAAGGGCUUUGGUUGUUCAAAAGUACAACAGUGUUUUAGUUAAAGAUCCUGUUUUUUGUAAUUAAGGUUGUUACCAUACUUAAGUUAAAUCUUAUAUAAGUAUAUAAUUAUGUUUUACAAACAAUAUGUACUGCAAAUAUUUGCGCUCAUUAUAAUUAUGUAAUCAUUAAAAUAUAUGCAUACAUUUCUUAUUGAAAAAUUUGACUUAGACUUUAUAGAAAAUAAAUUUUUAAUUACCUCCCUUUUUUAAUAUGAAAUGUAAAUUCGGUAAUAUCUUUACAAGUAAUACUUUUUGGAACUUACAAUAUUGAUAAAUCUCCAUUUAAGCAUUAUAUUUAUUAUAUAAAACCAUAAAAAAUUGAGUUACAGGAUCUUUGGAUAAAUUAAGGCAUGUUUUGAUUCUAGUGCAAAAAUAUAAUGAAGUCGGUUUUGAGUUUGAGUCUAUUUUUCGCCUGUGUUUUACAAACCAUUGCUCAGAACUUCCCUGUAUUUAUUGGACGUAACACACCACCAGUGCCACAACCAGUGUACAACGUUCAGGGACAAUUUGGAAACUCAAACCCGGUACAGCCGCCAAUACCGACCAACCAUGGCAUGUCAUUAGGUCAACAAAGAGGUCCUAUGCAACAACAGAGUGAGCCAUGGGCACCAGGUGAGCCGGAGUGGUUCUUUCAGGGUCGUCCACAACAAUGGCUGAACUCAUGCCAAAGGCGAGGUUGUUCAGAAGUUGGCACUCACUGUGUGCUGUGGGGAGGCUUAUGUCCCGGCUCUGUUAGACGAGUCCCAUGUAGAUGUCAAAGAGGUUGUAGAGUCGACACACAUUUUAUUCCAUUUGGACAGACACGUGUAAUGGACAGAUGUAAUAAUAUUUGCACGUGUAACUCGAGAGAGGGAGUGGCCAGGUGCACAACAAGGCGUUGUUGAAUGAGAAGCUAUAUAUGAGAUCGAUGUGAAUUCCACAUAAUAUUUGUUUCUUGGACUGAUUAUUUGCUGGCCAAUGAUAUCGGACGAUAAACAAUCAUUAUUUCUAUACAUAGUGUUAUAAUAAUGUAUUUAAGUGAAUAAAAUAAUGUAUUUAAGUAAAUAAAAUAUUCAAAAAAAAAA